UAUCUCUCAACACUGAUUUUACCUGUAUAAAAUCCCUCAGUAAGCACUGUCAAACCUCAGUAAAUAAAGCGAGAUCUUUUGUCUGAGGUUCAGGCAUCCAGGUCUACAGCCCGAGCGCCUGAAGGAAGCGUAGGAGGAGAGGGCGGAGAACGUGGGAUCAUAGACGCGAGACCCGGCCGUCCUGCAGACGAUCCUCCUCACGUAAACAAACCGAGGGAGGAACGGACGAGGCCUAAAGACAUUGCCUAGGCCUACGGACCUUGCCUAGGCCUACGUGCCAGCCCUCAGGUUCUUGAAUGUUUAUAAAUCACCUGAAAAAAGUCCAAUGUAACAGAGGUGUGAGUAAUGCAGAUUCUCUAAACUGUAAGAAAGGUUGGAUGAUCCGGGGAUGGCUUUGAUCUUCAGCUUAGUGGUAAUUUUGGCUGUCAGCUCCUUCACAGAUUCAAAAAAUGGGACUUUGGACCCAUCCUCCUCAUCAAAGGUCCAGUCUCCAUAUGUCACAGAAGUCACUCAGGAUGAGCCCUCCACCACCUUUUUUACAAACAUCACAGACACUUCUGCAGCUGGAAGCACAUCCCAGAUUCCAGCCACUUCCUCUCCAGUUGUCAGUGCAACACCUACCAGUGAUGGCACUUCAACAGCAUCCAUUGCACCUUCAUCACCAAAUGUAACAGAUUCAACAACAUCUGCAACCACAAAUAUGUCAACAGCUCGGCCAACUUCGUCACCAUCAACAACCUCUCCAGCCCCCCAAACCACAUCCACUCCAACAAAACCAAGUCCGACCACACCUGCCACCAAAACAACAUCAGCAUUAACGGCAUCAGUCACUCCUUCGUCGUCCCCUGAUGUGACAUCUACGCCGUUGAAGUCGACCACAGGGAUUCCCCCAACCCCCAUCACGACCACCACUCAGCCCAGCACCACUACAGUGCCUCCUGAACCUCCCCACCCAGGGCUGUCGGUUGCUCUGUCCCUCUUCAUCUUACUAGCUGUGAUAUUAAUUAUUGGUGCAGGUGUUUGGUGGAUCCGACGGAGGCGGCAAUUAGAAAGGCUUCGUCAUCAGCUGAUGCCAAUGUAUAACUUUGACCCAACUGACGAUGCAGAUGACUGGGAGAACCAGUUGUUGGAGGAGGAACGCUCACUGCGCCCAGAAGCUGAAAAGAAAUGGUGGGAGGGAAAUUCAUCAGAACUGGUCCAGCCGCAAGUUCAGAUGUACUCUGGAAAUUCAACCUUUGACACCAGUCAAAAAGCUCCAGCAGGUGCAACACAGAAAGACUGACACUGUUAAUUACAAGAAAAUACUUGUAUAUGUUUUGUAUCUCAAGAUGAUAAUCCCAUAAGUGACGUGCCAGAAACUGCUGGAGAUCCCGAUGUCAGGGCAGGAGCUCAAAUGAUGUCCGAUGACUGUAGUGGAAUCCUCUCAAGGAACAAGUGGCUCACCGUCUGCAUUCCCUUGAUUGAAAUUAACGUCUAGUCCGUAUAUGUUGUGAUACUUUUAGGGCAGCUAUGUGCCUGUCAUCUUUCUUCCAAUUUGAUUGAUUUUUAUUUUACUGUUUUAUCCCAAAAGGUUGAUAUGUAUCCGAUGGUGUUAUUUGUGUGCUCACGUUCGGAGCGAGGCUAGGCUCCCCAAUUGAGUUUGUCUUUUUAUUAUUCCAAGAAAGGUUACAAAAUAGUGUACCCCACUUUUAGUGUUUUGAUUUACUGAGUAUUUACACACACACACACACACACACACACACACACACACACACACACACACAACACACACACACACACA